AAAAAUAAUUCUAUAACAAAAGAGGAAGCAUGCUUAAAAAUUAUUGAAGGCUCAUCUCGAAAUCAAUACCUUUUCCUUACUGAAAGCGAAAUUCUUGUAGGAAGUAAGGAUUCAAAUCAUAUCGUUAUAAAAGACCAAAAAAUUGAUGAGAAACAAGCAAAAUUUAAAUUUUGUAAAGGAAGAGUUGAUAUCAUCG